AUGACUUCGUUUCCGUUAUCGAAGGGUGCUUUGAAAAAGGCAUUCCACAAAGAUACUCAUGAUAAAGUUAAAUGUCCCCUCGUGUUUCAAAUCACAAACAUGAAGGCUGUUGACACCGUGAACAACCAAAGAAAGUACCGUAUUCUUUUGAGUGAUGGUGUAUAUUCGACCCAUGGUUUGAUCAAUGAGAAUUGUACAGCGUAUUUGGAAAAUAACAACGUUUCGAGGUACGCCACCAUCCAAGUUAAUAGAUUUAGUACCUUGACAUCAACCAAACACUUUUUUUUCAUUGAGGAUUUCGAAUUGCUAAACAAUGCUGGAGAGAAAUUGGUUGAAAAGCCAAUAUCUGUGGAUGACUAUUUUGCCGAACACCCUGACGAGGCUUCUGCUGCCAUCACAGCAAAGAGAGGCGAUUCGCUUGAUAGAAAUGAGAGUCCAGCUCCAGGAGGAGCUGGUGCCACGCCACCAGUGGCACAAUCCACAUACCCUGGUCAACAACAACAACAACAACAACAGCAACAACAACAACAGGCAGUGGCACAAAAUCCACAAUACCCCAAACCAAGAGGUGUUGGUUUGGGCGCUGGAGACAAGAACGGACCAAGAAUCUCACCCAUUGAAACAUUGUCUCCAUACCAAAACAACUGGACUAUUAGAGCGCGUGUAUCGUACAAAGGUGAAUUGAGAACUUGGUCCAAUGCAAAGGGCGAAGGUAAAGUGUUUAGUGUUAAUUUUCUCGACGAGUCGGACGAAAUCAAAGCUUCCGCAUUCAACGAAACUGCAGAAAAAGCCUAUAAUAUUCUUGAGGAGGGAAAAGUUUACUACAUCUCAAAGGCAAAAGUUGCUGCUGCGAGGAAAAAGUUUAACAAUUUGACGCAUCCAUAUGAAUUGCAAUUGGAAAAGGACUCAGAAAUCACCGAGUGUUUUGAUGAAUCAAACGUUCCUAAACUCAAUUUCAAUUUUGUCAAGCUUGACCAGAUUCAAAACUUGGAUGCAAACGCUAUCGUGGAUGUUAUUGGUGCUUUAAAAGUGGUUAAUCCACCUUUUCAGAUUACUGCCAAGUCGACUGGUAAAGCUUUUGAUAGAAGGGAUAUCACUAUUGUUGAUGAAUCGGGAUUUGCUGUAGAUAUUGGUCUUUGGAACCAAACAGCAGCAGACUUUGCCGUAGAGGAAGGUUCAGUGAUUGCAUUUAAAGGUUGUAAAGUCUCCGACUUUAACGGAAGAACAUUGAGUCUUACACAAUCCGGAUCGCUUAUUGCAAAUCCGGGCAUUCCAGAAUCGUACCAUUUGAAAGGAUGGUACGAUAAUAUUGGAGUUAAGGAAAACUACAAAUCACUCAAGACAGAGUCUGGCGCUGGAAGUAACAACCUUUCGGUUAUGGAAAGAUUUGCCCAAAGAAAAAUGAUUUCGCAAGUUGAAGAUGAAAACAUUGGUGGUCAAAAUGGUGGUGAAAAACUUGAAUAUUUUAGUACAAAGGCUAGUUUAUCCUAUGCUAAACCAGAAAACUUUGCAUACCCAGCAUGCCCAAACAUCUUAUCGCAAUCUGGAGACGCGUCUUUGUCGGGCGCGGGAGCAAGACAAAAUCCAUGUAAUAAAAAAUUAGUGCAAUACGACGAUAAAUGGAGAUGCGAGCGUUGUAACAUGGAAUUUGAUAGACCCACAUGGAGGUAUAUUCUUAAUUGUGGAAUUAUGGAUGCUUCGGGACAAAUCUGGGUGACUUUGUUUGAUGAACAAGCCAAGAAAUUGUUGGGAAUGGAAGCAAAUGAGUUAGUGGAGUUGAGCCAGGAGAACCAAAACGCUGCAGCAGAAGUGAUCCAUAGAAAUUACUUUAGAGAGUUCAACUUUAGAAUCAGGGCCAAGCAGGAUACAUUUAAUGAUCAAUUAAAGAUUAGAUACCAGUGCAUGGGAUUAACAGAUAUUGACUACACUGCAGAAUGUGACUAUUUGUGCAAAGAGAUUGACUCUGUUUUGGGCUGA